AUGUCGAAAAAACUACCUUUUCGAAGUAACCAUGCCGUUUCUCUAGUUAACGGGAAUAUUAUCCCAACAUUAUUUUUUAUUUUCAGUCAACUUACAAAAUUAAUUCAUGGUUUACCAAUCUUAAGCCAUCAUCUAAGUGAUUCAACUACUUUAAAUCAUAAUGAUUUAUCGGAAUCUGUAACCACCGCUAAUUAUGGUCCUGCCAUCGCUGCAGUUACUAAUGCGGGUAAUAAUAUGACUGCUGAAGAAUUUUAUAUGAAUUUAUUAACUUCAGUAUGUUUAGUUCUUGCCGGUGGGGUCUUUGCGGGUUUAACUUUAGGUCUUAUGGGUCAAGAUGAAGUUUAUUUAAAAGUUAUUGCCACUAGUGGUGAUUCUCAUGAAAGAAAACAUGCCAGAAAAGUUUUACAAUUGAUUGGUAGAGGUAAACAUUGGGUUUUAGUUACUUUAUUAUUAUCAAAUGUUAUUACUAACGAAACUUUACCUAUUGUCUUGGAUCGUUGUUUAGGUGGUGGUUGGCCUGCUGUUGUUACCGCUACUGCUUCCAUUGUUAUCUUUGGUGAAAUUAUUCCUCAAUCUAUUUGUGUUAGAUAUGGGUUAGAAGUGGGGUCAUUAUUUGCUCCAUUUGUCCUUAUCUUAAUGUAUAUCAUGUAUCCUAUUGCUUAUCCUAUAGCUUUAUUAUUAGAUCACGUAUUAGGUGAAGAUCAUGGUACCGUUUAUAAAAAAUCAGGUUUAAAAACUUUAGUCACCUUACAUAGAUCAAUGGGGGUUGAAAGAUUAAAUCAAGAUGAAGUUACUAUUAUUAGUGCUGUGUUAGAUUUAAAAGCAAAACCAGUUAGUUCAAUCAUGACUCCAAUGGAUAGAGUUUAUACCAUGAGUGCUGAUCGCUUAUUAGAUUCAAAAACUGUGGAAGAAAUCUUUAAUGCUGGUUUUUCUCGUAUUCCAAUUCAUUUACCAAAUGAACCAUUAAAUUUCAUUGGGAUGUUAUUAGUUCGUGUCUUAAUUAGUUAUGAUCCUGAAGAUGCUUUACCAGUAGCUUCAUUCCCAUUAGCUACUUUACCAGAAACUGCUUUAGACACUUCAUGUUUAAAUAUUUUAAAUUAUUUCCAAGAAGGUAAAUCACAUAUGAUUGUGGUUAGUGAACAACCAGGUGAACCAGUUGGUGCUAUUGGUGUUUUAACUUUGGAAGAUGUCAUUGAAGAAUUAAUCGGUGAAGAAAUUGUUGAUGAAUCUGAUGUUUAUAUUGAUAUUAAUAAAAAUAUUAAACGUAAAAAUCCAGGUCCAUUACUGAAAAGAAAUUUAACUGCUUAUUUACAUAAUUUAUAUCAUAUUAGUGGUAAUAAUUCUAAAAGAAAUUCUUUAGAUGCUGGUGGUUCGGGUGGUGCUUUAACUGCCCCACCCAUUAUUGUUGAAGAACAAGUACAAGAUUUAGCUACUAAGUUAGGCGUUACCCCACUGCAAAUUGAAAGUACUACUAAAGAUAUUGAAGGUGGCACCAAGACUUGGAAACCAAAGAAUCCUGCUUCAAAUCCAUUAGAAACCAACAAAUCAUUUGUUACUAUUAAAAGGCCUCAUCAACAUUCAAUUAGUGGUGAUAAUAAUUUAGUGGUUAUUCCGGGUCCAAAUAGAAGAGCACCAGGUGGAGCUCAUAGUUAUGGAGCCAUUCAUAUUAAUGAAGAAGGAGCUAUUGAAGAAGCCAAACGUAGUCAUGAAGAAAGUAGUGCCACUACAUCUAUAGCGAGAGAUAUACCGACUCAAGUUAAUGCUACUGCUCAUUCGAGUAGUAGUAAAGUUAAUAAUCCUGAAUAUCAAGAAGCCCGAUCAUUUAGAACUGGAGGUAUUAUUGAAUCGAUUAUUAAUGUUCAAGGUGUUCAUAAGACAAUUAUUGAAAAUGUAAGUGAUGAUGAUCAUGAUCCUCAUCAUGUUCAUGAAGUUGAUGAUGAUGAUGAUGAAGGAUUGACUAGUAAUGGGUCUAGACAUUCAUCAGUUGCUCGUGACUUUGAAGAAGCCAAUAAUACUAAUGGUAAACCAGAUAAUAAUGAUCAAUUAGGACAACAAACUAAUGGUAGAAGAUUAAGUGUUUGGGAAAAACUUAAGGGAACAUCAUCCUCAGUCCAACAAAAUGAUUAA